GACUUAGUGAGUGUCUGCCCCAUGUGAUUAGUAAUAACCAGACUGCUUUUGUAAAGGGCAGAGUCAUUGGUUAAAACAUUAUGCUAGCUCAUGAGUUGGUGUAGAAAUAUAAUUGGAAGAAUAUUUCACCUCGUUGAAUUGUUAAAGUUGACCUAAUGAAGGUCGUUGAUUCAGUAGACUGACAGUUCCUUUUGACUCUGUUAGAAGCUAUGGGAUUCCCUAGUUUGUUCUUAAAAUGGAUCUCUAUGUGUAUUACUACCCCUAGGCUAAGUGUUGGGUUCAAUGGUGGGAUGGUAGGGUAUUUUGCUGCUAAAAAAGGAUUGCGUCAAGGGGAUCCACUCUCCCCUUACUUGUUUGCAGUGGCAAUGGAAGUAUUUACUUGCCUAAUGGAGGAAGCUGUUUCAGAAAACAGGCUCCCUUUUCACCCAAUGUGUAAAAGGAUUGGACUUACUCACUUAAUGUUUGCUGAUGAUCUUUUGUUGUUCUCUGAUGGGUCAAAUCUUGAUCUUCAGUGCAUACAGAGAGUCUUAUCUGACUUUAGACUGCUGUCAGGGCUUAAGUCUAAUCCCUCUAAAUGUGAGCUGUAUUGUGGAGGGUUACCCCAGGAAUGGAAGGAAAGUAUGGCUGCUUAUGUUGGGUACAAAUUAGGGUCUCUCCCAGUCAGGUAUUUGGGUGUUCCUUUGAUUUCAAACAAACUCACUGUUAAAGCUUGUAAACCUUUGAUUGAUAAGUUACUUAGUAGAAUCCAAAAGUGGGGGGCCAAGCUUCUGAGCUAUGCUGGGAAACUUCAGCUAGUAAUGUCUGUUCUUUACAAUUUAGUCCAAUUAUGGAUGGUUAUAUUUGUGCUUCCUAAAAAAGUGAUUCGAGAAAUUGAACAGCUUUGCAGUAACUUUCUGUGGGGUGUGGGUUCAGGAGGGAAGAUUAGAGCUAAUGUGGAAUGGGGUAAAAUCUGCUUCCCUAGGAAGGAAGGUGGUCUGGAAUAAAGAAUCUUGUAAGUUGGAAUCAUGCUUUUGUGGUCAGGCAUAUUUGGGAUUUACUAAUGCAGGGGGGUCCCUUUGGGUUGCAUGGGUGACAGAGUACAGAUUGCAUAACAUUGAUUUCUAGUAUGCUACUGGUAAAUCUGGCUCUUGGAUAUGGUUGAGAAUGCUGAAGUGCAAAGAGCAGGUUCAUGGUCAUUUGUCUGUUAUCAAUGGAGUUGGUUCUUGGGAUGGGAAGGUGCAGAAGAAGUUCCCUUUAAAGCAAGUUUGGGAUUUCUUUCGACCAAAGCUUCCUGUUGUGAGCUGGUAUAAGCUUGUUUGGAGUCAGCCUGCAAUGCCAAGAGACCAAUUCCUCUGCUGGUUAAUCACCAGAGGGUACCUUACUACAGGAGACAAGCUUUUGAGUUGGGGUUAUCAGGGGGACUUCAAUUGUGCAUUUUGUGCUACUGCUGUUGAGACCCUUAACCACUUAUUUGCUGAAUGCAGCAGGUACAAAGGCCUUUACUCCUGCUUGUUCUCAAAAUUCACCAGCAGGAUCCCUUCAAAUAGUUGGGAAGUUGAGUUAAACUGGGCUGUGACUGCAUUUGCUGGUCCUAGUGCAACUUGCAGAGUUGGGAGAAUUAUUUGGCAAUCAUUAAUCAGUAGUAUUUGGCGCGACAAGUGUAAAGCUAAGCAUGGGAAGCAAAUUUUGAGUUUGGAAAAGGUGCAGGUAAGGGUGAAAUCAGAUUUGGAAGUGUUGUGUGAAGCUGAGGAUGUGGGAAAGUUCUUGUGAUUGAGUUCUUAUUACUCUGCUAAAUUCACUUGGUUCUAAAAAAAUAGUAUAACAAUGUUGCUUGUAUAAAUGUCCUAGUGGCAAGGGUUGUUGCCAUAACAGUACUGUUUUUGAUGAAAUCCAACAUACCAUUCAUAAAAAAUAAAAAAAAAUUAUAAAUUAGUUUGCUAUUAAAUAGUGAACUAGGUU